CCGCCUGCGAGCUCCCGGCCGACCGCGCCAUCACGAUUCUUGUAUCCACUGCCUACCCGGUGCUACUUUUGCUCGCCUUCACCAUUUUCUGGCUCGGCAGCCGUGCUCCCCCGCACCCGUUGGAUUCGGCCAUCCCGGAGCGGUUUCUGCUCGCGGCACACGCUACCAUUGCACGCCCGGUGGCCAGCUUGUUUCCUCGCUUCUGGAGCAUGGAGAGUAACAUCUCGGCUGCGCGAGCAGCCCGGCGGUUCCUCGAUGAUCGCAUUCGCAACGACUGGACAUAUCCGGAGGUGCCGGCGGCAUGGUCAGCCUCGGACGAAGAAGUGCGCGAUGCCGUCGACUUUCGCGAACGGUACUACGGCGAGUCUGAGUCUGGUGACUCGGACAAUGAAGACCAAGGAGCCAGUCCCUACAAAUUCGACAGUCCGGAGAGCAUCGGGGACACGGUGGCGCACACGCGCGAGGCGCGCAAGAGACGGCGUAGGCAGCGGCUAGAGCAGGAGAUGAAGGAAAACGAGGGCCUGCGCAUCUGGGUAGAGCAGAGGGACGCGUGGACAGGCGCAGCGAGCGUAAAGAAAUAUGGUACACACCGGCAGCGACAGGCCGACUGCCCACCCGCCACCCCCGACAUGGCCGAUCUUGUUCCCGUUGCGCCUCGUCUGCUCAAUCAAAAUCCCAUCCGUGCCUCUAUCACCCCCAAAGCGUAUUCCGACAUCUACCAGAAAAUUGUCGUCUCGUCGCGCACACCCUCGGUACCCAUUAAUCUCGCAGAUAUGACCAAGGCCUUAGUGCAGGGCUGGAAGGACAGCGAUGAAUGGCCUCCGAGGGUUGCGCCUGUAGACCCACUUGCCGGCAAAAAGCGUACCGUCCCCAGCACAACGUCAAACACACAUCAUGGGGGCUUUAUCGCAAGACACCCUCAUCUUGAAAAGGGCGUCGACGGCAUGAGGCGAAUAUUACAUCUCAACGGGCAUCAUGACCAUGACAAUGAGCACGCUCAAGGGGGAAAGGAGGGCUGA